GCAGGCUUGACUUCAACAGGGCAGACAAAAAGCAGUAAGGAUGUGGUUCCUCUUCCUUCGCCUGCUUAUUUCCAUCGCUACAUUGGCCAGUUGCUCUGAGUUGGAUGGAUUUCCAGACAAAUUGAGCAUUGUGGAACGGGCAGCGGACCUCACUUUGAUCUGCGAGGCACCAGCUCUCACUGAGGUCACCUGGAAACUGAACGGAAUAGCUCUUCAGUCUGGGAGGCAGCACACCCUGCGGAAUGUGGAUCAGCCAGACGCCGGGAAUUACACGUGUUGGCAGAAUGGGACAAUGGUGAACCACACCUACUUGGUGGUCAGCGAGAAGGACCGAUCCCCCAUCUUUUCCAGUACAAUACAUUGUCGUGCCCGAACGUUCGAUGGUAACAUCACCUGCUCUUGGCAAACCCGUGGUGCAGCAACCUUCAAGCUGAAGUACUAUAGGAGAAUACCGGACAGCAGCGAUCACUUUAUGGAUUACUCCAACUCUGGCACUAACCACAGUUACACUUUCUCUGUGAAGAACUACUCACCUUAUGCGGAGGAAUAUAACCCCAUCAUUUUUGUUGUGGAGGCCAUAAACAGUGUCGCUUACCAAAAGCAGCAAGUUGUCCUUCACAUGGAGAAUAUCAUUAUACCAGAUCCUCCGCAGAAUAUCACAGUUACACUAGAAGCUCGGAAAAUUUUGAAUGUCUCCUGGCUGUACCCCUGCACCUGGAUUGAGCCAUAUUCCUAUUUCCCACUGCAGUUUCAGAUGGAGUACAAAUCUAAGAAACGUGGCAGACCAGUCACAGGGGUUCUGAUAGAUGGCCUCAGCAAAGUGAUCAAUCUCCAUUCACAUACAAAGAAAUGUAGAGUCCGUAUCAAAGCAAAGGACAUGUUCUUAAACUCGCCUUGGAGUGGAUGGAGUGAAUGGACCAAUAGUAUAUACGUAUGA